GUGCCAACUGUACCAACGUCAAUUUGAAAUGUCAAAACUACAUUAUUUGUAAAGAAACUAUUUAUACAAUAUUAUAUAUUGGUAUUUUUCAUCUACUAUUAUGGAUAUAAGAGCCGAAAAACUAGCAAAUGCUCGGAAAAAGUUAAGAGAUCAUCAAGUAAAGAAAACUGUAAACUUAGUUCAGCCUUCUGAAAAACAACAACAGACAACAGAAAAACCAACACCCGAAAUUGAGAAUCCUCAAAAGGCAAAUUACUAUGAAAUUCCUGAAGGACAAUUUAGUGCAGAAGGUAUACAACCUAACAUUGGAGCCAGUACACAAAACAAAAGUAUCGAUAACUUACCGGUUCAAAAUCCGGAGGUAAAUGUAACCGAAAUUCUUAUCGCUAAUAAUGCCAAUCUUGAGAUGCAAAUAAAAAAUCUUACUGAGAAGUUAGCACAUUUAGAAUAUUUGUAUGGCUCAGAAGUGUCUAGUCACAAUACUUCUAAACAAAGGAUUAUUAAUCUAGAGAGUGAACUCUCCGAUUUAUCAAGCAGAUAUUUAAAAGUUGAACAAGAUAUGCAACAGAAAAAUAGGGAAUUUAAUGAUUUACAAGUCUUGUAUAAUUCUUUUGUGGAAGCAAAUAACAAUUUAUCAGAACAAGUUGAAUUUACGAAGUCAAUGCUUACAGCAAAGGAAUCAGAAAACACUCACUUACAGAGUCAAAUAAAUAAUUAUCAUAAUCAGUUAGACUCUGCUAUGCUGCAGAUACAACAGCUGACAAAUAACAGUAGUAUUAUGCAGGCCCCUACAAACAAUUCUGUGGAAGAAAUUGAAUUAUUAAAAAAAAAGAUAUCUGCUUUAGAGCAACAAACAGUUGUCCUACAAAAAGAGAGAGAUAAUAAGAAUUCCCAUUAUGAACAUUAUGUAAAAGAAUUAACUGAACAACUAAAAAAUGAAGUAAAUAAAAAUGAGAGUCACUUACAAACAAUUCAGAACCUAUACAAUAGGGAAAAUAGUCUCAUAGAACAGAUAAGUGAUAUGGAAAUAAGACUACAAAAUUACCAGAAGAGAAUUGAAAAUGAAGUUAUAAAAGUAGAACAUGUUGAUAAUAGUCAGGAAUUACAGGAUAAAUAUAAUGAUAUCAAGAAACAGCUCGAAGAUACUAAACUGAAACUUAGCAAUCUUCAAGAGGAAUAUGCAAAAAGUAUUGAAACAAUCCAAGAAUUAUCGGCUUCUAAAGAAGUAGUUUGUGAUCAUGACAACAUCAGUAUAUCAAAAUUGAAUGCUGAUAUAGCAAGUGAUAAACUGGCAGCUCAGAGAGCAACAGAACAAAACAGAAAGUUAAAACAGGAUGUUGAGAAUUUAGAACAGGUUGUAGUUAAAAUUAAUAAAGAUAAGUUAGAGUUAACUGAAAAAUUAACACACGAAAAGCAAUUAAACAAAGAUAUAGUUUUAAAAUUGGCUGAAGUUGAAGAAAAUGCUAAAAACAUGUCAAAAUUAUUAAAAGCAAAGGAUAGCGAAAUGGUAAGGCUGCAAAAUAAUAACAGAGAAAUUGAAAAGAAAUACGAAGACAUUUUGCAAGAUAUGAAUCAUAUGAAACAUGUCACAAGCGUAGAACACAACCAUGAAGCAGUCGGCGAGAUUUCCAAUAAUAACUGUUACAAUGAAGAGACAUCACUAAUUCCAGCUCAUAACUGUAUGGAAACUAGUAACGAAAUAGCAGAAUUAGACAUAAAACAUGAACAAAAAUUUAUACCUAAAGAAGAUGCAAUGGUUAAGCUUCAAGAACGCUUUCUUAAUAUAAUGGAUGAAGUAGCAAAUUUAUCUGAUGAGAAACAUAGGCUAGAACACAUAAUUCUCCAACUACAAAAUGAAACUGAGACUAUAUGUGAAUAUGUGGCACUUUAUCAGCAGCAGAGAAGUUUAUUAAAGAAACGUGAAGAAGAAAGAAGUAACCAGCUGAAAAUAUUCCAAAGCGAAUGUGAUCUGCUCAAAUCUCAUUUGGAAGCUCUUCGUGAAUUAUUAUUACGAUUAGCAGCGGAUGAAGAAUUGGAUUCAUAUUUGAAAGACGAAGCAAGAUUUAACGAUAUAAUUAGGGUUAAAGACUUACUUGAAAAGUUGCAAAACUGUUCAUUAAUAAAUCCCAAGUACAAUACAUUAGAUCUUAAUAUUUUUUACCCUUGUAAUUGUUGCUCUGGACAACUUAUUACCAUUUAGAAUUCACCCUUAUAAUCACAUCUUUAAUUAUUCAUAUAAUCAAGCAAUAUUUAACAAAAGGAUAGAAUUUCAUAACAUAUACUCUUCAUUGCGUCUACUUGAAAAGUUAUGAAGAUUUUAUCAUUUAAUGUAUUUAUAGUGUAAAUUUGUUACAUUUGACCUGCAGAAUUGUACAUUUUGUGCAGAUUACAUUAAUUAAAUGGUAUCAAAUUUGGAAA